AGAGAAGGAACCAAAACAUUGCACAACUUUUGACGAGAAGCGUUUAUACAAGGUGAAACUCGGCUGGAUUGUGGGUCUUCAGCCAGGGAGGACGCGAGCUGUAACCUCCAGAACAACUGCCACUCACUCAGGAGACCGAAAAGAGUGUCAAAAUGGGUGUACCGAAAUUUUUUAAGUGGAUCAGCGAGCGGUACCCGUCUCUGAGCGAGGUCGUCAAGGACUACCAGAUACCAGACUUCGACAAUUUGUAUUUGGAUAUGAAUGGCAUUAUUCACAUUUGCUCACAUCCAAAUGAUAAUGAUCCUCAUUUCCGUAUGACGGAAGAAAAGAUGUUUCAGGACAUAUUCCAUUACAUUGAGGUCCUUUUUCGGCUUGUUCAGCCUAAAGAAGUUUUCUUCAUGGCAGUUGAUGGUGUUGCACCAAGGGCCAAAAUGAAUCAGCAGAGGAGCCGAAGAUUUCGUUCUGCAAGAGAGGCUGUUGAAUGUGAGAAGAAAGCCAGGGAUCGUGGUGAGGUACUACCUUCAGAGGAACGUUUUGAUUCCAACUGUAUCACACCUGGGACAGAAUUUAUGGUGCGAUUGGAUGCUCAAUUGCAGUAUUUUGUAACCUGCAAGAUAUCACAAGACAAGAUGUGGCAGAACUGCAAAGUCAUCUACUCAGGGCAUCAGACUCCUGGUGAAGGAGAGCACAAGAUUAUGGAAUAUAUCCGUUAUUCCAAGUCCCAACCUAAUUACAACCCCAACACGAGGCACUGUCUCUAUGGUCUUGAUGCUGACCUCAUAAUGUUGGGGCUCACGUCUCAUGAGCCACACUUCUCAUUACUCAGGGAAGAGGUACGUUUUGGUGGAAAGCAAGAUAACAGUAGAACUCCUACGGCAGAAGAAACAACGUUUCACCUCCUUCACCUCAGUCUUAUGAGGGAAUACAUCAACUUAGAGUUUUAUGACUUACGGGAUUCACUGCCAUUUAAAUACAAUUUGGAAAAUAUUAUCGAUGAUUGGGUGCUCAUGGGAUUCCUUGUUGGAAAUGAUUUCAUCCCGCACCUUCCACAUCUCCACAUAAAUAAGGAAGCAUUACCAAUUCUGUAUAGGACUUAUAAGGAGGUAAUGCCAACCCUUGAUGGAUACUUGAAUAUUGGAGGCAAGCUCCAUUUAGGCAGGUUUGAAAAGUUUAUGAAGAAACUUGCUGAAUUUGAUUUAGAAAAUUUUAAUGACUUGAAUGCAGAUUUAAAGUACUUCAACAGUAAGAGGUCAAAAGAUGACAAAGUCUUCAAGGGCAGACAUCAAAGGGAGAACAAUCUUGAAGCAUUCUUUGGUGACGAUGAAGGAAAUGAAGAAAAUGGCGCUUUUGGUGCCUUGGAAGAAGAUGCACUGGAUAAUGAAGAAAUAAAGAAAAAGUUUGAGAGGCUGGGCAUCCAGCAGGAUCUAAUGUUUGAGGAUGAUGAAGAUACAGAUAGUGAGGAGACCAUUUUUGACGCGGAGUUCCGCCAGCAUAAAAGAGAAUACUAUAUGAAUAAAAUGGAAUUUGAACACAUAACUCCACAUGAAUUACGUGAACAAGCAGAGGGUUAUGUCAGAGGAAUACAGUGGAUCCUGAAUUAUUAUUAUAAUGGAGUUUGUUCAUGGUCAUGGUAUUAUCCUCAUCACUAUUGUCCAUAUAUAUCAGAUAUAAAGGACUUUGCCAAUAUGGAAAUACAUUUUGAGAUGGGAAAACCCUUUCAGCCUUUUGAGCAACUCUUGGCUGUUUUACCUCCCAUUAGUAUGAAGCUUCUUCCUACUGCUUACCAUGACCUCAUGUUGAGCGAGAACUCCCCUCUCAAGAAAUUCUAUCCAGAAACCUUCAGAACUGAUCUCAAUGGGAAACUUCAGGAUUGGGAAGCUGUAGUUCUUAUUCCCUUCAUUGAUGAGGAGAAACUUCUGACUGCUAUGAAACCAUGCAAUGAAAGGCUGACCAAAAGGGAAAAAGAACGCAAUUGCCAUGGUCCAAUGUAUAUAUGCACUUACACACCAGAUAAUCUUGGAGAGUACAAGGCACCAGCAUAUUAUCCUCCAGUUGGAGUGAACCAUAACAAGGUGGAGUUAAUCUGUCGAGAAGAAUGGGAACUGCCGCCAGAGAGAAUAUACAAGGGCUUAUGUAAAGGAGUCAUAUUGGAUGCCUAUUUUGCUGGCUUCCCAUCUUUAAAGCACGUUUAUCACACUUUCCAUCUGGCCAAGGAGGGAGUGAGAGUCUUUUCGCAAGCAUCCCGAGAGGAGAGUUAUAUCUUGGAUGUCAAAUCCUCUGCUGAGACCCUAGAUCUGAAAAACAUUGCUGAUCAGUUGCUUGGGAAAGUUGUGUUUGUCUCAUGGCCACACCUGAUUGAAGCAUUGGUUGAAGCUGUUAGUAACAAUGAAGAAAAAUACACUCUUGUCAAAGACGGAGUGCAGAAGACAGCUGUAACUGAUGGUAUUAAGGAACAGUUUAAUUUAGUCAAGUCAAAUAUUGCAACCACAUAUCAAGAACGCUGGGGUAUUGCGAUUGGGAAUACACAUGUUGUAGUGUAUGCUAAACCCAUGACUGGAAGAAAAUAUGUGGCAUCACCUUGUGGAAGAAUGACCCUAGAAAAAGAAUGGUCCAAUACUAUCCAGCCAUAUGCAUACCAAGUCAUGGUGAAGGAUUUGGCAGUACAAGACUUAGGCUACAGGAAACAUCUGACUCCUCAGGAAUAUUUCCCACCUCGCUCCAAAGUCUUCAUGCUUGGGCAGCCACACUAUGGAUGUAUGGGAGAGGUGAUUGAAAUUGAUCCGAGUCAGAAGGGAAGAAUACGAGUGGCUAUGACAGUGACAACAGACCCAAACCUUGAAGUUGUGAAGCAAAAGGAAAGUCAGCAUGUUGAAAGAUACAUGACAGGGAGCCAGGCAUCUCACAGAGCUGGGAUAUAUCACCAGCUUUUGGCACGAAUAACAGGGACUGUGUUCUUGGCCCCACCUGUUGGUGAUAACCCAAUGGCAGAAAUGGAAACAAGGAACAAAUUGAACAUUGGUCUUAACCUGAAAAACAAUCGGAGAAAUGAGGAAGUCAUUGGGUAUACACGCAAGAUACAAGAACAAAAUGAGCGUCCUGUUUGGCUGUACUCAGAAAGGGUUAUUGAAGCCAUCAGAGAGUACCAGGAAAAGUUCCCUGAGGUGUUUGAUUACAUGUCACGCAAUUCUGCACAGAGAGACAUCUUCUAUCAAAACGACAUGUUUCCUGAAAACUACAAAGAGCGUGUUGCAGAAUUAACCACUUGGCUGAAGAGUGCUGCUUUUGCCAAGUCUGAAAGACAACCAUGUGGGACACUAGCCCUUGGAGAGACAAUAAGUAAGAUGAUCUUGGAAGAGGUUGAUAAAGUAUCCACAAUAAGAGCCAAGGCUGUGAAGAUGCAAGUGCGGCCUCAUCUUCUCUUUAAGCCUAAUCCAUACCAAGGCAGUACUCCCCCUGACCGCAGUGUCACUUAUAAGAUGUUUGAUCGAGUUGUCAAUGUGAGGGAGGGCCAUUCCGUCCCACUUGGUGCUAAGGGAACCGUUGUUGGAAUCCAGCCAGCCAGCAAGGAAGCAGAUAUCAUGUAUGACAUUCUUUUUGAUGAAGCCUUUAAUGGAGCGCUGACUCUCCGUGGCCCUGCUACAGCAAAGAGGUGUUACAGGCUACAUUGGGCAGCAAUGAUAAACAUCUCGCAUGGUAGCCGACUUGCAACUACCUCUCAAAAGCCCCCUGAGAACAGAUGGAACCAAUCUCUACAGCAGACAUGGAAUCAGCCAAGCAAACCUUCUGGACAUUCACAGUAUCAGCAGAACAGGCAGACAAAUAAGAACGGACAGUUUUACCAGGAAAGAUGGCAGCAGGAUAGAACUGCAAACAUGCACCAGAACCUCCAGCCUCAACUGUUACAAGGGGCCAGAGGAAGAGGGGGACCCAGUGCAAUGGUGUCUGCAAACUCCCAGUCUCCUCAACCCGGUAAAAACAGUCAGUCCAGUGAUCCUAACAGUCCACAACCUCCAGACCCAAAUCAGCUGCCCAGCCCCUCAGGCCUGCGAAUGAUCUCAAUUAAUUCUACCAAUGGAGGGAUGGUACCCAGGCAGGGUGUUAAUCACAGAAAUCAACAGGACAAUAUGAUUGAAAUUCGCUCUGCAAGCCAGAUGCAGUGUGCUGUUCAUGGCACUUUCUAUUCCCAGUGGAGCAGGAUAGUUAAGCAUGGGAUAAGUAGGGUUCAAGGACGCAAGUAUAUACCCUGCUACCCGUUUGUUCCUCAGGGUCUGUCAGGAUCAAAGGCAUAUCAACUCCUUAUCUUUCUGGAUGUGCAAAGUGCCUUGGAUGAUGGUAUGAGGUUUUUCAAAACAGGAGAAAAACAACUUCUUUGCUCAGGAGACAGACAAGGUGUGAUUUCUCCAAAGUAUUUUGAUAAGGUAUUGGACAGGGAGUCAGAGACCAUUAUUUUCCCACCUAGACCUCCUGUUGGUUUAGAAACCAUUUCAGGUAAGUCACAGUUUCCAAACCAUGGUCAGGGGCAAAUUGGCCAUGGAAGAGGCAAGGCUAUGGCAUCACAGCAGCCAAAAGGCAUGCAGCUUUACCAGAACAUAUGGUCGCAGCUACAGGGAACAGAUCAAGGACAAGUUGACCUUCGGCCAGCUCAGAGUCAGAUGCUUUCACACAUGCUCAACAUUUCUAACAAUGAUGAUAUGCAAAAUGUCUCAAGUGCAGGUGUGAAAAUGAAUGGAUCUGCUUCAGCUUCAGCUUUAAAUACAGGAAGAAAAGAAGUUUCAGUACAUGAUAUAUUUAAGGGAGCAAUGAUGAACAACCACUUACAGGGAGGACAGAACAAUCCAAAUAUAAUUUCAAUGCUGAGUGCUGCACAUCAGUCAUUUUCUGUAACCCAACAGGAAGCCCAGAAUGGUAGAGGAGAUUCACCUGUCAAGUCUGCAUUUGUGCCCACACAGGUCAUUCGAAAUCAGACCCCUAGAAAGCCUCGGCAUGAUCAACAGAAACAGGACAGUAACCAAAAAAGUGCAGUUGCUUCUGAACCUCAAAUGGGUCAGAAAGAUGAGAAAGGUGCGAGAGCAGACCUGCCAGUUCCAAUGCCGCAAGUGCAAAAGGACAGCCAGCAACAGAAGGGGCUGGUCCCCAAGCCAAAACGUAACAGAUUAGCUGUAAAAUUCAAUCAGCAACCAGAAGAAAAUACAAGUCAUUCAGAUAAUUAGUGGACCUGUAGAGUUAAAGGAGCUUGUACCACAAUUCAAAAAGGAUUAUCUAUGCAAGGAUAUUUCAUAACUGAUUUUUUUUUCCAGGCCCAGUUGAAACGUUGCUCUUAUGAUCAAAAGGAAAAUUUUUAUAAAAUUUAAGGAAUCAGUGGGGAAAAUUGUAUUAGUCAACCUAUUUUAAGAUAAUGUAAACAUUUAUGAUCAGUACUGACAUGAUGUAAUGAAUUAAAGAUAUAUAUAAGAUUAUAAAAUAAUUUGGACUAAAAGCAAAUGUAAAAUAUUGAGAAAAUUUUAAAUUUUAUUUCUUUUAUGUAUCUGGGCUUGAAACUUACUUUGUUCCAGAGUCCCAUAGAAAAAAAAACAACUUUGUAUGACUAGAGGGUCUGAGACUAUUGAUACAGCUUGAAAUACUCAAACCACCUUUUUUACAUCUUACGAUGCAGAUUGUGCCAGCAGAGAGUUUUGCACUGUGUGUGUAGGACUAGUAGAAUACAAGUCUGUGUUGGGACAACAUGGAGUAAAAUCAGGGUCAAGCUCUGGUAUUUUUUAUAGAGCACAUUAAUUUCAUGGAUUAUUGUUUUUUCAUUAUUAUUAUUACUAUUAUUUAUUUUUAUUCAAUAUACUUUUUUUAAGCCAGGGUAUGGUACCAUAGAUUUGUGUGAUAGACAGAUAAAGCAUGUGCACCUUUUCAUUCAUCUAAGCAAAUCUACAUCUGUAUGCACAAACACAGACACAGGCAAACACUUAUGAUUGCAGGCAUAUGCUCACUUCACAACAUAAAGUCUGUAUAUAUGCACAUAUAUACAACUAUUCAGAUAUACAGACAGUAAUAUAUAUAUAUAUAUAUUUAUAUAUAUAUUAUGUAUCCUGAUAUCAGGAGCAAUAUGGUAGUCAUUAAGACAUGUGAUAAUAAUUUUUUAAGCCAUUCAAAUGUUAAUUAGGUAAUCAUGUAUGGAGUAAGGGUCCUGUGUAUUUAUGCUUUCGUAUUUCUAUCUUUUGUUGAUGGUUGUUGCAGAAAACAAAGAUAUUUAUGUAUGGUAAAUGAGCUGGAGAUUUAGUCUUCAUAAUAUGAUUGAUGAUUUUUUUUUUUUUUUCUAAAUUUACAUAUCAGAUUGUAAAAUUUCAUUUUAGAACACUGUCUCAAAGUGUUUGAGAACUUGAGCAACCCCACAAUUUGUUUUUCUCCAGAUUUACAUAGUUGAUACAUAUGCAUAGAAAGUACAAUCUAAAAAAUAUUAGUACAAAUAUUAAAACAAGUCCUGAUGAAUUUAGAAUUAUGCAGCAAUUUCAUAAUGUAAAUUAUUUUAAUUUUAAUCAUGAUAUUAUUUAUCUGCUUUUAAAGUCAUUAUUGGAUUAAUAACGUAACUUAUUAAAGACAAAGUUUGAAUUCAUUAAUUUUGUUAAGGAUUAGGCAUGAAAAUAGGAAUUACAUAUAUUUUAUUAUACCCAAAAGGACUAAUACCUGGCUAAUAAUCUCAUUGUUUAAGAUAUUUUAAUGCUUCUGGCUAUUAGUUGAUGAUAAAGACUGAAAUGGGUAUUGGAUAAGAAAAUCACUAAAACCUGAAAAGGGUUACAUUUAUCAAAUCUCAUGUGGACUUUCACGAACAUUAAAAAGAUGUCGUGUGUAUACUUUGUUAACGGUAUUGAAUUUUUCUUGAUGGCACAUUUUUUUUGUUUUAUUUAUUAUUAUUUUUUUUUUUUUAUAAAGAUAAUUUUUAUUUUGUUUCUGUGUUUUGUGAUUUGUAAAAAAAAAAAAAAAAUACAAAAUGUAAGAGCAAAUUAAACUGAUUUAUUAAAUAUGGAUUUUAUGAUUAAAGGUUUUGGCAAACUU